UUGAUCAUAAAAUAUUUUUAUUUACAAUUGCAACUACUCUACAACUAGCUACCGUUGCUUUUUUUUCACUCUAUCACUGCACUAUACACCUGCAAUACCACUUGCACCACAUCACCACUACCUCUGUAACUACUAUCACUUUAUCACCAUUGUCACGACACCACCACAACUAUCACUGUCAAAACCCCAUCAUUAUAAUUACAUUGCCACUGCCGUGUCUAUGUUACAAUCCCACCUCUAUCGCCCCAACAACUAACAGUCACAGCACCGUUACAACCACUACAACCAUACUGCCACUACAACCACAAAUACCACUAUUACGAAAUCAACACUACACUAUACUCUUCUGCUACUACCACCACCAUUCCAAUGUCUAAAUUAAUUACUUCAAGAUCGGAAAGAAUGACCUGUUCAUCGGACAGUAGUUCUGUGCCAAAAUCUCACCGUAUCAAGAUUGUUGUUUGGAAUGACUUGGGCCCAGAUCAAUCAGAAACACUUUUGAAAACCCCAACACUAAAAAAAGUAAAAGAUAUUCUUGCUGAAAUAUUUAAACUCACUAAUUAUGCAACAGUAUAUAAAGAAAAGAUUCUACUCAACCUUUACACAUAUUCUGUACAAUAUGCAAAGGAAGAAAAAUUCAAAUCUGAGCAGUUAUCUGCCUAUUUUUCAAUUGUAAAACAGGUUCAUGAAGUCUGUACAGAAAGUCCUUUUGGUAACUUGGAUGAAACAUUUACACAUUUCAAAGAUUUACUCCUACAUCAUAGCGUCAGUCGUCCACCAUACAGCACUGAACUGUUUUCAAUAAGUGAAGUAAGGAAGAUAUCCUAUCAUGUGAUUAACACAUAUUUUAGGCACUUUAAACUAUACAAGUAUGCAUUCACUCCACAGGUGCAGCUUGAUUUAGCUUUAAACUACAUUGGAGAAUCUGAAUCCAUGACAAGCCAAGAAAUACAAGUUGAUUCUCUAAAGGAGAAGAAAGGGAAAUGUGAAACUGAAAUUGUACAAGCAGUGGUCGAAAACGCUAUCAAUGACAAGGAGUUGGCCUUGAUUUCUGAGAAAGAGGAAGCUAAAAAAUACUUGAGAAAAAUCAUCACAGAAUUCUUAGAAGAUAAAAUCAAUGAACUGAAAAUGACAGUGAACAAAAGGCUAAAGGAAUCUGAAGUGAUGUUGAAUUAUAAACUGGAAAAUACUGGCUACAAUGAAUUUCUUAAAAGACUCUCAUCAAGAAGAUUUGGCAGAUAUGGGAGAAAACUAACAACCGAAGGAAAUAUCAAAACAAAAGACAAAAGUACAUACUAAGGUGACAGGAUAUUUAUUCUUUGUGACAGUAAAAUAUACAAGAAAAACAAGAGUAAUGAGAAAAAAAAUUAACAAGAAAAGUAACUUUUUUUGUUCCAAAGUAUUCACUAAUAUACUCCAAUUUCUAACAUUGUAACAAGGGGUGAUGGCCAAUAGAAUCAGCAUCAGUCAAUGACUAAAAGGUACCUAUUGACCCUGGAAAGAUGAAAUACAAAAUUGACCUUGGUAGAAUUAUCACAUGGGAAAAAAUAAUGCAUCAUGCAACACACAAUAAAAAUAAAUGUUUAGUUUUAUGACAAAAAUGAAAAGAUUAUGAUUUAAAUUUUGGUACUAACUUUAUGUAAAAUAAAAUUUAA